GCCUUUUCGUGUUCGCCUUCGUGUUUGCCUGCCUGCUUGUUUAUGUUGGACCUCUCUGCCGCUCUUUUAUCAACGCUCGUGAUCUGUGGGACUCUGCUAUCCACACAACAACUUCAACACCCAGAGCGUGUGGGAGGUGGAUGCGAAAAGCCAACGACAACCACACGGACCAACGAGUACACACUGAAAAGGAUGGAUACACACAGCAGCAAAAAAGAUCCAUCCAUACACCGAAAGAGUGAUGGUGCGUAGGUGCCAGCCUACCCAAUAUCAGUGACGGAGUCCCUCCAGGUAGACGAACCGUCACACACACCGACCAGCCAUCACCCGUGGGCAGCACAAGCCACUGACACACAGAUCCACAUGCCAAUGGGCGAUGUGUGGGUGCAGUGGGUGCAACCGUACCAAGUGCCAGGGCCAAAACGGCCGGCGGGAGGGACAGGCGGCAUCACAUCACGACACCAUCACUGUACACAGCACAUGAGAGAGGUGAAAUGCAGCACCAGCAUGUCCGUGUCCGAUACACGUACCUGGAUAUCAUGACAAGGGUGCCACAAAGCCGCCAUGGACAUGAUGUUGGUUGGUUGGUUAUUGUGUUUAACGAGACUCGUGUCUGUAACCCCGGAGGGAUCCUGCUGUCUCCCCACUAGCUAACGACGGAGGAAACCCUAAAGGUGCACAUUUAGGGUUUCCUUUUUGGCUUCAUGGCGAUGUCAAGCGCCCGCUGGUGGUUCGAAUGGUGUGCUUCUCGAGUCGCGCGGCACAGUAUCUCGCGAGCAUAGUGCAAUUCGAUCAAGAUCUGGGCCCAUGGGACAUUCAAACCCUAAACCCUGAACCCCAACGGAGCGGGUUCAGGCUUCUGUUGCAGAACCUAUAAAGACGUGCGCCGAGGUGGCGUUGUCAACCUUAUUACUUUGCCCGCUCCAGCUUGAGCUCCUCGGGAUCCACGGCCGCCGAAGGCGGCCGGCACAAUACUAGUCUCACGCACUAAACUAGCAGCUCUGCAUGUACACGGCCUGUCUACCCCUCCCUGCACUGGCACCAGCGGACAAACAGAUGGCAACAGAGAGCACCGGCUGCCUUGUAGAACGUUGACAAACACCGAUUCCGGCUACAUACACAAGAACGGGCGCUGUCGCCCAGCAAGAGCCAUGGCAAAUGUACAGAAGCCAGAAGGGGGAAGUAGAAAAAUGAGCGCCCUCUGAGCCAUCAAAGCAACAAUCAGCCAAUCACAUGAAUACACCACCAUAUACACACGGGACCCAUAGGGAAGGAAGAGAGGAAGAUAGCAAAGGGAGAGAGAAGGAAACAGCCAGUCAGGCCAUGAGGCCCUGCAACAUAUGAUAGACAAUACCUAAGGUGCACUCCAUCCCUUCACACAGCACUGAGUCUCAUGUUGUCCAUUGUAUCGCUCUCUUCGUGACACACUGCACACAGUUAUUGGCCGGCAUGUGAUGGAUCAGUGGGCAGCACGGUGUGAUCUAAGUCGAUAGGCACUUGGCAGAUGUGAGGCAUCGCGCCGACCAGUCGGGCACCGUAAAACGAUACGGUGGGCCGACGGCCAGAAAAAGACGCCCACAACAGUCCAUAGCCCCGACCGAGCACACCCAGACACACGGACCACAGACGAGUGUAUGCACACAGGGCGAAACAAACCCAUGCCCACACACACAAAGAAUGGGCACGAAAAGGGCCCUAUACACACGUGAGCAGCACCUCACGACACUUUGCCUACAGCGGGAACAUUCGGCACGAUAUUUUUACGUCCUACAGGAUAUUUAAGCAUAAAUCGCUUCAGUCCGAGCACAAAGGCUGGCCGUCACAGGUAGUGAGCUCCCAGACGCCUUCAGAAAUAGUGUCGUCAACAGCCGCGACACGAGAGCACACAGGAGGGUACUCACAGGCACCUCUUUGAGCGCCUCAGGGGCGACAAUGAACGAGUCCUACCCCACGCUUGGCGGGAGAGGAGCACUCUUACGCAACCUGCGCUGACCGCAUCCGCUUACGGGAGGUGCAGAAAACGCUGCAUCCAUCGCCUUCCACAUGAGCCGAGUUCGGCGGUGAACGGAGGGGAAGUAGAGGUACAUAUAUGCAUGAUGGAAACGGACAGAGCGGUGUGGAAAGCCGUCCGGACGGUAAUCCCCCGUGUCUCCACGCGAUGUGUUGGCCGUCAAAGGGCGAAGAGUAGCAAACUCAAAACGGCAUCACAGAAACCCCGGCCUUGUGGCCUUUCAUCUCCGCCCUUGUGCAAGGUGACUUGUGCUUGUGGUGAUGGAGACAAGGGUUCGUUUCUUGUCGGAUCUGGUGUCGGAUGAAAAUGCCGCUUGCGUUUGUUUUCGGCGGUUGAAGUUUCAAGUUGUAGCAUCUCUGACUGGAGCUUCUCUUUGAGUCUCGAACGGCCGAAGGUAGAUUGAGGCCUUGAUGUUUUUAUCAGAAUGAGGCAUCCCGUGUUGGGGAAAAUACCUGGAGUAGACGGAUGUCGUCUGAAAGGAAGGCGAACCCCACGGAGCCGGGAUUUUCCUUGCCUGAGCCUUGCUGAGGAUACGGAUGUCUCGGGCCUUGUCUCGGGUCUCUCCCUGGGGGGAUUCCGCCGAUGGGAAUAGAGACGCUUCGCAGAAGGCAAGGAUCGCUCUGGCAGGGAGAGCGCUUUCGAGCUGCUUGCCUGGUCUGAUGUUGCAAUGAGCGAUCUGCUGGAGAAUGCACGGUUGGCGGCCUUGUAGUUCACGGCUGCCCGCGACUUUGUUCGUGUCGAAACUGACCGCAUGGAUGUCAAUUCCGGACGAUGCCUCUUCAUUCACGGAUGUUUUGAUCAGUUCACGUGCCAUAAACUCGCCGACGCAUCUAUUGACCCUUCCCUCAUAGCGUACAGUCCGGCGGUCGUUUCUUUGUUGAUGUGUCUCACAUAUUCGAGAACGGAUUUCGAAGCUGAGGGAGCGCAGCCUUGCAAAGGCCCUCCCUGUUGCUUCAUCAAAGUGUCGGCUUACCGUCAAACCUCCACUUUCUCUCCUUGUUAGGCCUUUCUUUCGUGAAGUGCAUAGGCCUUUACACAAAUAGGCAGAGCAUCUUUCUCCCUCUUUGUAAACCCCAAUCAUCGCAACAAGCCGUGUCUCAGAGUGUCUCAGACGGCUCUGUAGUUAAGUCACAUCAUGUGUUACUUUCAGUAACACAUGUGACACUUGGCACUUGACAACGACAAAGAAAGAAAGGCUCUCAGGCACAAAACACUGUGCACCAUUUUUCACACGGCUCUGGCCGGGGGUGGCACUGGGUGGUACUCAAACGGAGGCCGAGCGGAAGCAUAUGCAUGGUCCAAAAAGAGCAGAGCGGCGUGAAGUCGCCCCUGACGGUGAUCCACACGCUUCAAAUCCACAGAGCUGGGGGAAGAAGAAAGCGAAUUUAUCCCGAUUCAGGCAGGCCUAAAGUGUGGUGUGCUGCCGAUGACAAACAGCUGAUGGAACAUCUGAACUAUAGCUCGGAUUGAAGGCUUAAGUUGAACUGAUCCGGAAAUAGCCAAUGGCCAACGGAGGCA